AUGCACCGUGCUGCAGUGGUAUUAGUGCUGUCUAUUUUCGUUUUCAUCUGUUCGUCGGCGCAGAAUAUAUUCUUCUCUGAGGCAGAUUAUCGUCAACUUUAUCCUCUGCUAUCGAUUGUUAUUCGUUUACAGAAUCACGCGCACGCAUUGCCGUAUUUUUUCGGUUUACUAGAGAAUCUUGACUAUCCGAAGGAUCAAAUUCUAGUUGAUAUAUACAUAGGAAUACAUAUUGAUGCAACUUUCCUCAAAACUAAACAAUGGGCAGAUGAUGCAAGAAAGCAUUAUCGUUCCGUUUUUCUUACUGAUGAUACGAAAAACUGGCAAGAAGAAGCACUGAUGAAGGCAAGAAAUGGUCAUGCAAAGUAUUUGCUGUAUCUAAAGGGUGAUCAUUUGUUGACGGAUCACAGGACCCUCCAGACAUUGAUGCGAAAGAAGAAAUUAGCUAUUGCCCCUCUUCUUUUUGCCCCGUUUGGUGAUCCGCCUACAGUCUUCAUAUCUGAAGAUUACAAUACUCGAAGAGAAAUAUCUACCCUAGAAGUCAAGAUGGUUCCAGAACCGUUGCUAAUAGAUUUGGCACACAAAGACUCAUCAUUCUUAACAUUUUCUUCCGAAAAUUUGUAUGGUUAUUCUGAAAAUGAUUCUAAAGAGCCAAAUGUUGUGCUUGAGAAUUCGGCGUCUCGGAUGGAUAUACCAUUUUUCUUGGAUAAUGAGCAUUUCUAUGGAUAUUUUUUCAAUCAUUCAUUACGUUCCUUGGAUUUUCAGCGAAAAGCGCUUCGUUAUUUGUUAGCCGAUUGGAUUGCUGAUAGUGGUCUAAUGCCAAUUGUACACUCUUCGUUUUUGAAUGUCACUUAUCCAAGACCGUCACUUUUUGGUGUUGAUAAAAUUUAUGUUAUUAAUCUCGAACGAAGAAAAACAAGAAAAGUUAAAAUGAUGGAAUUAUUGAAAUUGAUGGGAUUUGAAUAUACGUGGUGGGAAGCGACUGAUGGUCACCACUUGGAUUCGGAACCCUUAUACAGAGAGAUUAAGUUUUUGCCUGGAUAUGAAGAUCCGUUCUACAAAAGACCGAUGAAAGCUGGAGAAGUCGGUUGUUUCUUGAGCCAUUAUCGCAUAUGGCAGGAAGUAGAUAAAAAGAAAUUGGAUCGUGUAAUUAUAUUCGAAGAUGAUUUACGUUUUGUGGUCAAUUCAACAGAUCUUCUAAAAGAACUCAUUGAAGAUAUUGAUAGUUCAAGAAUUGAAUGGGAUCUGGUAUAUUUGGGCAGAAAACGGCUGGAAGGUGCAAAUGAAAAUUGGGUGCCUGGUCAUCGACACUUAAGUACUGUUGAUUAUUCAUAUUGGACACUUGGUUAUAUGUUGUCACUGAAUGGCGCUCGAAAACUGCUUGGUGGUAAUCCUUUAAGAAAACUUGUACCGGUGGAUGAAUAUAUCCCGAUUAUGUUCAAUAAGCAUCCAAAUACAACAUGGACAAAUGCAUUUCCACAUCGUGAUUUAAUUGCUUAUACGAUUUAUCCGACCGUUGUUGUUCCAGAAAGGUACACCUAUCAGCACGGUUACUUCAGCGAUACAGAAGAUUCAGAUAUUGUCGGUAUGGAAAGUGCAACUUGGGCACUCAAAAAAAUGAAUAAAGAUGAAUUAUGA